ACCCGUUGCUGUUGUUGAUUUUGUUGUCGCUGUUGUUGUAGUUUUAUGGGAACUGAGAGGAAGUGAUUUGCAACCAUCAAAUUAGUCUUCGUGGACACAGCAGGAAAACAUAAAUUGAAAUUAUGUGCUAAGGAGGUAUGCAGGAAGACAGUCAAAACACUUUAACAUUGACAGUUGCUGCUGCAAGGGAUCCAAUGAAAGAUGACGAUCCAAGAGGAAGGACCAAGUCAUACGAACCAACCAUUGUAAGAACCUCAAGUGAUCCAGAUCUAAAUUCGCGUGGCAGAUCGAAAAGCAGUGUCUCACAGUGCUCAAGGUCUCGCUCCCAAACAAAAACACAGCUCAGUAUUGAUGAGUUAAUGAUGGAACCUUCAUCUGAAGCAAGAAGAAAAAAUUCAUUCUAUGGAUAUCCCAGGCCUAAUCCUGUUGGUAUGGCAGCUUCUACAAGCAUCGACCUGGAAACAGAAGAAGGAGACCUCUCCCAGAGUUACAAUUUUAGCAAAGAUUCAGAUUCCACAAAUGCAAAAACAGCCACAGAAGUGCUUGAAGAGAGACGAAGGAGACAGAAACAGAAGGAAGCUGCUUUCCUAAAACUGAGACAAGAACUUGCUCGAGCUCAUCAGGAACUGAGAAAAAGAGAUGAAGAGUGCAAGAAAUUGUCAUCUGUGCGUGAUGACUUAGAUAAAGAAGUUGAAGACCUUACAGCUUCUCUUUUUGAGGAAGCUCACAAAAUGGUGACUGAUGCAAAAACAAAGCAAGCAUCUGCUGAAAUGCAGUUGAAGGAGGCCCAAAUGAAGAUGGAUGGGCUAGAGGCAGAGGUUGCUGCUUUGAAGCUGUUAGUAAUCACGUCAACUCCCUCAAAUCCUGGUAAAAAGGGACACAGAAGAUCACCCAGUGCUGAUCAAAUUUGUUCUGAUUGUCAAACAUACCAUUCUGUUGUGGAUGGAACGCGAAGUGAAGACAGCUGGGAUGUAAUAGAGAUAGAAAACGAAAAAGAGGUUGACAGAUUAGCACAUCGUGAGUUUGUCUCAUGGUUGGAAAAACAUUGCCCAUUGAAUGAACAUCCAUUUCUGGAAACUAUUGAAAGACUGGAUGUUAUACCCUGUCUCCAAUUUCAAAAUCAAGAGCUGUCAUUCGAUAUUCUAAAGGCUAUAAAAGACAAUUCGCUGAUUAUUGAACCAAUCCCUGGUUCACAAAGAACGAGGCGUUGCUCACUAUCAAAGUCCUCAGUUUUGUGUCCUUAUCGUGUGCGCAUUGGUGAAAAUGGUAAAUGGCAUUUCAUAUCAAGUGGCUGUCGGUCAAGACUUAUUGCUGUUGCUGAUCUCUAUACAUUUUGUCGUUACAUCAAGAAUGGAUUGAUAAGAAAAGAAGUGAAUGCAAUGUAUUGGGAUUUGAUGCGAAAGAGAGGCCAAAUCUCCCUUACAAGGUUAGGCCUUGUGAAAUCAUAAAAUCGAAAGAAAAAUGCAGUUAAAACGUUAUCAUUGUUAAAUAUUUAGUCCGUAACAAAAUAAUUAUAUAUUAUGAAUCUGUGUUUAGGGUUCUGAUUAAAAAUGCGUGUGAAUCAGUGUAUAUUCUUGUUAUUAUAAAACAUUUUCUAAAGGGUUUGUAUGAAGUUUUUAUCAUUAUAUGCUAAAAGAGAA